AUGAAUGGCGACCAGUUCAAAACGCCUCUGAACCGAAUAAGAGAUGGCUCAUCGACGUUACGGUCAACAGCAGCCAAAAGGGACUCUUUGGCUGCAGAGUUAGAACGAGAUCCCCAGUUAUCAACAGCGAAAAGACAGCAGCGUGCCCAAGUGUUCACAUCAUCCAUCUCUCAUGCGAACCUGGAGAGGCAGCUCCUCGCGGCCCAAACCGCUAAGAUGGAGCUUGAAACGAAGCUGAGAGAGAAAGAGCUUCUGGUUGAACGAUUGGAAAGAGAUAGGAGAUGGUUCGCCGAUCGCGAGAAGGAAGAACGCGAAGAGAAGGAACGUGAACGCGCCGCACAUGAAGAGGAAAAGCGCAAAUCUGACAGUGACCUGCGAUCCCUACGCAACACCUCAGCUGCCUUACGAGAAGAGCUGGCAGACCUCGAGGAUGCCCAUUCAGCGCUGUCGAGAAGCUCUAGUCAAACCAUCACGUCCCAAAAGACCCAAAUCACCGCCCUCACCCAUCAAACGUCUCUCCUACAGGAAGAACGCGAUCAGUUCAAACAGAUAGCAGAGGAACGCGGUGCCACUAUCCAGGAGCUCCAAGCCCAGUACGAUUAUCUGUUGGCCAGCCAAGAAACUGCGGUGCGACAAGCAUCCGAGGAGGAGAGCAUGAGCGUCGUUCGUGAAGAGCUCCAUCGCCAAGCUGCCUAUCUCCGGAAUUUGGAAACCACCAACGCGAAGCUUACAGUAGAGCUGAACUCUCUUCGAGAACGCAACACCAGCAUAGAGGUUCUGAGGGAAGAGAAACGUGGCUUGGAACGAAAGGUCGCAACGCUAGACGAGCUUAGAACAAAGGUCGUCAAACUCGAAGCAGAAGUGGAGGCAGGGCGCAAGGAAAGGGAAGAAUGGGCCAGUAAACCAUCAACCACCUCGGUUUCGAUGACCCAAACUUUGACCGACCUGCGCCUGAAUCAUGCCCGACUGCUUGAAGAUCAUGGAGCUACUGCCGCACUCCUCCGCCAGCGCGAAGCCGAACUCGCAGAUCUUGAACGACGAGAAGCUCAAUCUCAGCAGGCCAUCCAGACCUUGGAACAAAAUCUGCGCCUCACACGCGAACAGGUCGGUCGAAGAGAGACUCGUGCUUCUCUAGCUGAGAGGGAAGUCAGCUUCCUUCAAACCCUUCUCGCAAGCUACAACGCUGAAGAGGCUCAUCUGGAUGAGGUGCAUACAGACGAAGCGAAAGUUCAACGAAUCCAGCAACUAGAAGCUCUUCUCUUAGACUACAAGGCAACAAACGAACAGCUUGCGAAGGAGAUCGACGCCCUAGGUGGAAGUACAUCUGCGCUUGAUCAUGGCCACAAUCGGCAGGAGCUCGCAGCUGAGGUCGAAAAGGAGCGCCUCGAGAAAGUUGCCCUGCAGAAGCAACUCAAUGACUUCGAAGCAGAGACCAAGCAGAACCUUGACAAGAUCGAAGAACUCGAGCAGACCCUUUUCGAGUUACGAGGCGAGAUUGCAGGUGGCAGACACGUACCACCAGGUGUCCGGGUCCUUUCGAUGACCGACAACCUUGAGCAACAGUGGUUCGACCUACGGCAGGCAGCUAUGGACCGCCUGAAGGGCGAGAACGAGGCUUUGAUGAAGCGACUCAAGGAGCUGGAGGAGAGUGGAGCACGAGCAGCGCAAAAUCCUGGAGACGAGCUGGUUCCGCGAGAGAGUUGGGAGCUGGUCAACAGGGAGAAGCUCGAGCUCGAGGACGUGGUGAAACAGAAGGAGAAACGACUGUUGCGGUUGCAGCAGAUUUUCACGUCGAAGAGUGCCGAGUUCCGAGAGGCGAUCGCCUCGAUCCUGGGCGUGAAACUCGCGUUUUACCCGAACGGCCAGGUGAGGGUGACGUCCUUAUACGAUCUCGGAGCGUCGUUCGUCUUCCAGCCGAGCUCCAAGUCCGAAGGGGCACGGAUGCAGCUCAUCGCCCAGGGCGAGGGUGGCCCACAGGACCUGCCCAAUCUCAUGCAGUAUUGGAUCGAGAACGAGCAAUGUCUACCCGGCUUCCUGGCGAGCGUCACCUUGGAGUGCUAUGACAAGUCCAAGCGCGAAGGGAACGGGGGUAUGGACGGGACCAUAUGA